GGCUCGCGCGCCUGUCUCGUGUAUAUGACCUUCCUCCAGCGCGUCGGCCGCUUCUCCAACCGUUCCAACACCAUCCGCGCAGACAUACCACAGAUUCGUCUAGCAUCCUGAGGGUGUCUCGCCGUGCAAGCCAAGAUGUCAAGAGCUCUGAGAGUAGCACGCUCACUUCGGACUGCCGCUGCACGUCCUGCCCGCUACCCAUGUUCGCGCCUGGAACUCAAGCCACCAUGCGCGAGACAUUACUCACAGCCGACGCAACAGACCUCCUCAGGAGAGAGGGAUAGGUCCGCGGUCGGGGUCUUCACGCCAAAAGCUGCAGCUCUGUUCGUAGCGACUGGCGUCGGCCUCUAUCUGUACUUCAGAUAUGAGAAACAAAGCUGCAGGAGCAAAACAGAAAGAGCAAGAAGACAAGCAGGUCGGACGGCCGCACGUCGGCGGAGCCUUCACCCUCACGACACAUACGAGCACACCCUUCACCGAAAAAGACUGCUCGGGAGUUGGAGCCUCAUCUACUUCGGGUUCACGAACUGCCCUGACAUCUGCCCAGAAGAGCUCGACAAAAUGAGCGCAGCAGUCACCGAACUAGACAAGCAAUUCGGGCCGGUCGUGCAGCCCGUCUUCAUCUCUGUCGACCCCGCGCGGGACACCAUCCCCCAAGUCGCACGCUAUGUCGCGGACUUCCACCCCCGGCUCGUUGGGCUGACGGGCGACUACGCGGCGACGAAGGCGACCUGCAAGGCGUACCGCGUGUACUUCUCGACGCCGCCGGACGCGAAGGCGGACGACGACUACCUCGUGGACCACUCGAUCUUCUUCUACUUCAUGGACCCGGACGGCAAGUUCGUGGACGCGUUCGGGAAGGCGAGCUCGGUGGAGGACGUGGUGGCGAGGGUGCAGAAGGAGAUCGCGCUGUGGAAGGAGCGACGGGGAAGACGACGUAGUGUUCCGCCGUACCUGUAGUAGACUGCUCUGCGCCCUUGGUGGCGGAUACACCCCCUUCUCAGAAAUGAUGCUGCCGGUUGACAGUUGCACACACGUCGACCUAUGCCGCGGGUUGAGCAGCACUGUCAAUGCACAUUGAACAAGGGUAGACCACAAUCACUCCUCCGCCUCUAGCGCAGCCACCUUCUGCUUCGAGAGCACCUUCAUCCUGCGAACGUAGCUGCGCGACCCCA